CAGAAAUACUUGCAAGUUUUCUUCGUAAAUUAAAUUUUAUUAGGUUUCAUUACUAAGAUGUUUAUCAAACCGAUAAAAGUUAAAAGCAAUGUUCAGCUCAAAGGAUCUGACAUCAAAAAAUUAAAAACAAGGCUGUCAAAACAAUUUAAAAUUGAAGAAUCGGAAUCAUCACAAGUUUUUCCAAGUAAAUCAAGUUUUAGUGCUGUAAAAAUUAUAACUCAUGGUGAGCAACAAGUAACGGUUUACACAGUUGAUAAGAGACCAAUGUUGUUUGAAAUGCAAGAAAGAUUGUAUCCAACUCUUUACACUAUGUGGAUUUUGCCGAGACUAGUUCCUUAUUUUACUACUCAUCCACAAGUUGUUCCUAGAUUGUACAAUGGAGCUGAUCUCAUGAUGCCUGGUGUCGUUAAAGAAGGAAGUGAUUUAAAGUCAUUUGGUAGAUUUCAAAAGGAUGAUAUUGUGGCAAUUAAUCUCACAUCAAAUAGUUCAGCAAUAGCUGUUGGAAGUUUAGCGAGAUCAAGUGAGGAUCUUUAUAUGGCAGGUGGACAAGGAAUUUGUGUGAAAAGUUUGCACGUAUUCGGAGAUAAAUUAUGGGGAAUGGAAGCAAGUAUGACACAGCAAGUUCCUUUAAAUGGACCUGUUUUAAAAGCGCCAAGUCUAAAUAAUCAACAAGAUUUCCCAUCUCUUGGAAGUGAUCCUAGUCCUCAAGUUAAUAAAGCUGUGCAGCAACUAGAAAACAUUAAUAUUGAAAGCAGCACUGAAAGUGAUAAUGUUCAAGAACAAGUAGAAGAGGCAACUCAUAUUAAUCCUGAUGAAGUGCUGAAGAACAUGUUUUUAUCUGCAUUAAAACUUAAUCGAAAGGAUAUUUCAAAUACUAUGCCUAUUUUGGUUGGAACGUUCUAUCCUUUAUAUUUACAGAAACAAGUUCAACCAAAUCCCGAUAAGCCGAUAACUGUCAAGGACACAAGCUACAAGAAACUUUCAACAUUUAUGAAGAAAAUGAGUGAUGAUGGAUUUAUUGUUGUGCGUGAGGAAAAUAAAGGUGUAGAAAAAAUCAUAUCCAUAAAUUAUGAUCAUCCGGAACUUAUAUCGCAUAUACCACAGAAACCAAAUAAUUCAGCAGAUGACGCCAAUAAAAAUUCUGAAACUUCAUCACAUUUGUUACUUACAAAGAUGACGGAAUUGUACGUGGUAAAUGAUUCAACAAAAAAACUCUUCAACUCUCUUGGUGUUGCUGAUGGAAAGGCUUUAGACAAAGUUGAAAUUAAAAAUUAUGUGAAGGACUAUGUUGCACGAAACAAAUUGAUUAAUUCUCCAACAAAAGAAGUUGUAUUGAAUGAUGUGCUAGUUGAAAUUUGCAUAGGAAACAGAGAGAAUGAAGAACCGAUAUUAAUGAAACUUGAAAAUAUCACAGCAAUAGUCCAAUCUCAAAUGGAUGAAACAUUUGAAAUGAGAAGUCAAGCUGGUGGGCAAGCUAAAGGAGGAAAGAGAGCAGUCAUUCAAAUAACUACAGCGACUCGAAUGGGAAAUAAAAAAGUUACUUUGGUUUCAAACUUGGAAAGUUUUGGCAUAAACCUUGAAAGCUUUUCUAAAGCAUGUAAAGUAGGAGUUCAAGCCUCUACAGCAAUGACAAAAGUUCCAGGAACCAAUAUUAACCAGUUUCAAAUUCAAGGCAAUCAUGUUAGAUUCAUUUAUAAUUUAUUAACCGAUACUUAUAAAGUUCCUAAAAACGACAUCACAGGAUUAGAGUAUGCAAAAAAAGAGAAAAUAAAGAAGAUAAAAUAAUAAGAACCAAACAAUGUUUCAAAAU